UACGGUGCACGUGGUCAGUUCAUGCAGACCUUCCUCUCUGUAUUUACUCUUCCAGAGAAUAUAGUACCUUCCCCUCUCCUCUCUCUCUAGAAAAUUCCCAUUUUCUCUCUCUAAAAUCUGAAAUUUAGGGUUUAGUCCCAUUGAGAAGUUCCUGUGAAAUAUCCUUACUUUCUCAUUCAAGAUCUGUAUAAAUCCUAGCUCUCUGUGUCCACAGAAGGGGAUUCAAAGCUUCUUUGUGUAUCAACGAAACCCUAGAACUCUGCAACUCAAGCUAGAAGUUCAAUCUCUAUCAAGGCACCAGGUGAAGGCCUUGAAUUCGAAAAUGCAGUACAAGAACCUGGGGAGAUCUGGUCUCAAGGUGAGCCAGCUGUCAUAUGGUGCAUGGGUUAGCUUCGGGAACCAGCUUGAUGUAAAGGAAGCGAAAUCGAUCCUUCAAUGUUGCAGAGACCAUGGCGUGAAUUUCUUCGACAAUGCGGAGGUGUAUGCGAAUGGAAGAGCGGAGGAGAUCAUGGGUCAAGCCAUUCGAGAACUUGGAUGGAAACGCUCUGAUAUCGUGGUUGCCACGAAGAUUUUUUGGGGAGGUAAUGGACCGAAUGAUAAGGGUUUAUCUCGAAAACACGUAAUUGAGGGAACUAAAGCUUCGUUGAAGAGGCUGGAUAUGGAGUAUGUUGAUGUUUUGCUUUGCCAUAGACCUGAUAUCCAAACCCCUAUUGAAGAGACAGUUAGGGCUAUGAAUUAUGUGAUUGAUAAUGGGUGGGCUUUCUAUUGGGGAACGAGUGAAUGGAGUGCUCAACAAAUUACAGAGGCAUGGGGAGUUGCGGAGAGGCUUGAUCUUAUUGGGCCAGUGGUUGAGCAGCCUGAGUAUAACCUGUUUUCACGGCACAAGGUGGAAGUUGAGUAUUUACCACUUUACAGCAACCAUGGAAUGGGUCUCACAACAUGGAGUCCUCUAGCAUCAGGAGUGCUCACUGGAAAAUACAGCAAAGGAGAAAUUCCUCCAGACAGUCGUUUUGCUUUAGAAAAUUACAAGAAUCUUGCUAGCAGAUCAUUGGUUGAUGACGUGUUGAGAAAGGUUAAUGGGUUAAAACCCAUUGCAAGUGAAUUAGGUGUGCCACUAUCUCAACUUGCAAUUGCUUGGUGUGCGUCGAAUCCCAAUGUCUCUUCUGUCCUUACGGGUGCUACAAAGGAGAGCCAGAUUCAAGAGAACAUGAAAGCUAUUGAUGUCAUCCCGUUGUUGACGCCUGAUGUGCUGGAGAAGAUUGAGGCAGCUGUUCAAAGCAAACCCAAGCGUAUUGAUUCCUAUAGGUAACUCAAGGAUCGGCAUCAAGCCACACGCAGUCGUGGCAUCUGGCAUUCUCAUUCAAUGAGGCAUUUGAAGUUCGAGUUUGUUGUUUUGAUGAUGGUUGCGGGCAAUGUGAUCAUUUGGCAUUUUCAUCCCAGAGGCCUUUGAAAUUCCUGUUUUCCACAUUCAUUCGGGACGGUUUUCUUCUUUGUAUUUGUUCUUUGUUCAAAUCUGGUGAAUGAUUGGUUUCCUUUUGUAUGAUUUGGGUUCUUGUACUGUUGGGAAAAUAGUAUGUUUUGGGUUCUCACAUGAUUUUAGUUCUGUUUGAAAGUCAUAACCAGUCAAGAGGCACUGUGAUUCUGUGCAUUUGUGCAUGUAUUCCUUUGGUUUGUGAUAGACUUUGGCAAUAAAGGGCUUAAAUUGUCUCGCAAAA